AUGGAAAAUUCUGAAGCUCUUUUCGAAUCUAAUUCUGGAAUUUUAAGUACAUUGAUGUCAGAACUGAAUAAGGAAGUAAGUGUUUUUGUUGAAGGGUCAGAAUCUAUGUUAAUGAUGAAGGAAGUUAAAAAUGAAGACGAAGCUUAUGAUUUGUAUAAUGAAUAUGCUUUUAGUAAAGGUUUUGGUAUUAGGGUUGGGAAAGGUCGGAAGCGUCAAAACAGUGAAUUUUAUACUAUGAAACGGUUCUUGUGUAGCUGUGAAGGGGUUAAAGAUGAAAAAAGGAAGAGAACAAGGUCUUAUGCUAGAUUGGAUACGCGUACUGGGUGUACUGCUUUUGUUCAGUUUUCUAUUGGUAAAGAUGGUGUAUGGACGGUUGUGAAUCAUAAUAUGAUUCAUAAUCAUGCUAUGGUUCCUCUAAAUAAGAGGCAUUUGAUAAGAUCACAAAGGAAGGUUAGUAAGGAGGCUCUUUACUUUAUGUGUACUUUAAAAGCUAGUGGUGUUAAAGUGUCUGAUACCUUGAGGGUUUUGAGGAAAGAAGUAGGCGGAUCACCUCUGGUCGGUUUUACAGCUAGUGAUGCUUAUAAUGCUUUAUCACGUGCAAAAGCUAAUAAACUUGAAGGUCAUGACUGUCAUCAGUUAAUCAAGUAUUUUGCUCAGAGAAAUUCUAGUGAAGAAGGUUUUUAUUAUGACUUUGAGCUUAGUGAAGAAGAGGGACUUUUAAGUUUCUUUUGGCGUGAUGGUCGGAUGAAGAGAGAUUAUGAUUAUUUUGGGGAUUUAUUGGUUUUUGAUACUACUUAUAGGACCAAUAAAUAUGAUAUGAUUUGUGCUCCUUUUGUUGGUAUGAACCAUCAUUCUAAUAAUGUUAUGUUUGGAAUGGGUUUUGUUAUCAAUGAAAAAACCGAAUCUUUUAAUUGGCUUUUUUAA